AUGAGAUACAAAAAAGAUUAAAUUUAUUAAGACCUAAAUUACCAUAAUUGGUAAAAAAUUGAUAAACUUGAAAAUUAAAAUGUUGAAUAUAGAGUUAUUGCUGAUAGAAUUCCAUUUCUUGAAGAAAAAUUAUAAGAUAUGAGAUCUAAAAUUAGUGCUUAUGAAACUCUGAUUAUAUUUAAAGAUUCUCCUGAUGUCGAAUUAAGAAAACAUUUUUUUGCUUUGAGUUAAGAGUUAGAAUAAUUAAAAAGCAAUCAACAUAUUGAUAACUAUAAAGAGGAAAAUCAAACUAAAUUUAAUACCAAUCAAUCACUAAAUUCAUUUAAUAAUUAUCAUAAGUUGAAAGUGAUUCUGAAAAUACAGAUAAUGAUAAAUAUUUGUAAGUUUUUAAUUUAUUUAUUUAGUUGAGAUGUUUGAGCAAACUUAAAAGUCAAUUAAAGAUAUCAUUUGA